AGUCUCCCAGUGCGUUCAGUGGAUCACACAUCAAACAUGAGAGUGCAACGGACACCACCCCGCCAUCUAGUGCUGCUGGCACUGCUCUGUGCCUCGUGCAUUUGCCUAUCGUUCGGCCACAGCGAGGAGAUUGUGCUGGUGGAGGACAUCAUCAAGGUGCAGGAUACGGAGCAGACGGAGGACAACAGCAGCAACAUUGCACUGAUCACGCUGCACGACUCCUCCAGCGACGAGGACAAGGAAGAGAAGAGUCUAUCGAAUGUGUCGGAUGAUCUGAUAUUUCUCUCGAACAAAACCAAAAGCCAGGGCCAGAGCCAGCCGCUCUCAGAGGAUGUGUCCGUCUCCGAGGAGCAGUCUGAGGAAGAGGAGAGCCAACCGCCGGAGGAGAGCCCCGCCUGCCAGCCCAUCGAUUUGAGUGCCUUUGUGGCUCUGAUCCCGGCCCGCGAAGUGCAGUCGAUUGCCAGCCACUAUUACCACCACGAUGCGGAGGUGCAGCGGGCCUACACCUUCCUCUCCACCAGCUUCGUUGCCAUCAAGCACCAGAUGCUGCAGCUGCCCGAGGUACUGGCCUUCACGCGAUACCUGAAUGCCAGCGGCCUGGAUGUGAUCAAGAUAAUGGAUUCCCUGGCAAAGGCCAGCAAGCCCUCAACCCUCGAUUUGGCCAGCAAUUCGGCGGCCGGCAAUGCCACGACCACCACCAGAGAGCCACUCAAUGGCCUGCACGGGCUGGUGGACAGCAUAUUGGACAUUCUGCCGCAGGACCAACUGCUGGCCACCUUCUUCGACAAGACCGAAAGCGACAAGCAGUUCGCGGCCCUCGUUGACAGCAUCGGUACACCCAAGUUUGCCAAAAUUCUCAGCAAUCUUCAGAACUCUGUGCCGCUGCGUAAUUUAAUCUUUGUAAUGCACUCCAAUGGCAUCUAUGUGGAACGGAUUGUGGAGUCGCUCAAAUCGUACUUUUUCCUUGCCAGCUUCUAGCUUUCUCUGUGCACAAUAAACGGAAACAAAAGGCCCGACAACCC